AUGGUUCGGGUCCCUCAACAGGUGAACAAAGUUGACUGCGGCGUUUACGUUUGCAUGUUCAUCAAGGAGCUGGUGCGGCGCUGUUUCGAGGAUAUGGAAAUGGGCGUCCACCCGUCUUACGGCGGGGAUCGGUACCGGCGGGACAUGCGGAGUGUGGCUUGCCAGGCUGGCCAACGACAACUGCUGGAAAAUCUGCGGCUUAAGGGUGUGGUUCUACCGCAGCAACCUCAGUCAGACGACGACCGCGAGGAGGACGUGAUAGAGUUGGACAUGGACAUCGAGACAAAGGUGAAGGACCUGCUAGCUUCCGACAACAUGCACGGGGCGCAGAUCGAAAACGCCUUCAAGGAUAUCGAGGAACUGAAGGACCAACUAUUCAAGUGGGGUAAGAGUCACGAUGCGCUGUCGGACACCGUGUCACAACUCAAACAGGGGUUCGCCAUGCUUGCGGCUAGAAUCGGGUGUGAUACGCAGCAUCUGGACCGAAGCGACGAGGCACAAGGGUUUGUUUUACCUGCUGGGGGGAUCCCGGGUGCGGGAGUUGCAACCGCAGGCGGGAUCACAGUUGUCGGUGCUGCAACAUUGGGCGGGAUGCCCGGUGCGGGUGGAUCAACAGCAGGGUUGCUCCCGGGUGAGGAAGUUGCAACAUCAGGCGGGAUCCCGGGUGCUGGAGUUGCAACGUCAGGCAUGAUUCCGGUUGCGGGCGUGUCAACAGCAGGGUUUCUCCCGGGUGCGGGAGUUGUCAAAACAGGCGGGACCCCGGGUGCGGGAGUUGCAACGUCAGGCAUGAUUCCAGGUGCGGGCGUGUCGACAGCGGGGUUUCGCCCGGGUGCGGGCGUGUCGGCAGCAGGGUUGCUCCCAGGUGCGGGCGCUGCUACAUGCCGCGGGAUCCCGGGCGCGGAAGUUGCAAGAUCCGGCGGGAUUCCGGGUGCGGGCGUGUCACCAGCCGGGUUGUUCCCGGGUGAGGGAGUAGCAACUGCGAGCGGGAUCCUGGGUGCGGGAGUUGACACAGCAGGCGGGAUUCCGGGUGCGGGAGUUGCAACAUCAGGCGGGAUUCCGGGUGCGGGCGUGUCGGCAGCAGGGUUGCUCCCGGGUGCGGGCGCUGCUACAUGCAGCGGGAUCCCGGGUGCGGAAGUUGCAAGAUCCGGCGGGAUUCCGGGUGCGGGCGUGUCACCAGCCGUGCGGCUUAAGGGUGAGGGAGUAGCAACUGCGAGCGGGAUCCUGGGUGCGGGAGUUGCAACAGCAGGCGGGAUUCCGGGUGCGGGAGUUGCAACACCAGUCGGGAUUACGAAUGCGGGAGUUGCAACAUCAGGCGGGAUUCCGGGUGCGGGAGUUGCAACACCAGUCGGGAUUACGAAUGCGGGAGUUGCAACAUCAGGCGGGAUUCCGGGUGCGGGCGUGUCAGCAGCAGGGUUGCUCCCGGGUGCGGGCGCUGCUACAUGCAGCGGGAUCCCGGGUGCGGAAGUUGCAAGAUCCGGCGGGAUUCCGGGUGCGGGCGCUGCACCAGCCGGGUUGUUCCCGGGUGCGGGAGUCGCAACCGCGGUGUUGCAACCGUGUGCGGGAGUUGCAACUGCAUGCGGAAACCCGGGUGCGGUAGUUGCAAACGAAGGCGGGAUCGCUGGUGCGGAGGUUGCAACAGCAGGCGGCCGCAAUGGUUCGGCAAAUGCAACAGCCGGGUUCCUCCAGGGUGCGGGAGUAUCAGCAGCAAGGGGGAUGCCGGUUGCGGGAGUGGCACCAGCAUUGGUCAACACUGCUGCUGGUGUAGCUACACCAGGGGGUCUUCUGGGUGCACCCAAUCCCACAGAUCCGCGAGAAACCCUGCAGGGUCACCGGCCCGCGGCGAUGACAGGCCCGAACUAUGAUGAAGAUGUAUCGAGAGCAGCUGGAUGGCAUUUACCUCACACCUCAAACGUGCCCACUGCCACUCAGGAGCCGGUCCCCAAUCACGCAAUUGUCGCUGCACCUGGGGGUGUACCAAACGUCGCACCUUCCCCGACCUGCAGCUUCACCGGGGUAGGAGCACAGAGUCACCGAGGGCCAGCUGCGUCGGAGAGCAUGUCACGCCUGCAGAGCAAGGGGUGCAAGCCAGAUAUCAUAAAGACCCAAUACACCGGCGUCACGAGGUUGAGUACGAGCAACACCUGGACAGCAAAAAUAGUACUCCAGCGGAAAACAAACUCACAGACAACCAUCAGCAGCAAGUUUAGAUCGGAUGUUGAGGCGGCGCGUGCAUACGCGGCUGGGUGGCACCUGGUGUGGGGACAUGAUCCGUCGUACAAAGGCAACAUUAUCGAGUUGUCCGCAGGGGACAUAGCAAAGCUCCAGGGUUGCGACGCCCGCAUGUGUAAGUUGAUGAUCGAGGAGAAAUUUUGGCACCGAUGGGAGAACUGGAGGCCAGCAUGGGAGGAGUGCAUGGUUAAGCUGGCGGCGAAGGAGCGUAAAAAUGCGCUGAAGCAGGCUGAGCUUCAGCAGGUGUUGGCUUCAACGGAGGAUCGCCCAGGCAAAAAGGCUAGAACGGGGGAUGAUCCGCAAAACGAUGCAGCUGGCUCGUCUGCGGGGAAUGGCCAAGAGGGUAUGGGGACCAAUGUUUAG